AUGUCGGACCCCAGGGACUCCGAACACAAGACUUUCCUCAAAUACUCAGACGAUGAUGCCUCAGUCGACGACAUCCAGUCCGAGUCCAGCCACCGUCUCCAUGUCCACUCAAGUAACCAUUCACCUCUGAUGGGCUACGCCCUAACCUUCCUCCUCACUUCCGCCUUAUGGCUCGGCCUCCUCCUCCUCCUCGCGCCCUCCCCCGUCAGCAACCCUUCAAACCAUGCCCCUAUACUCCCAAACGACCUAUACAACUUAACCUCGUCCUCGACUCUCAUCAUGUGCCCCAACACCACGACAGCCGCGCGUGCAGCCGGCUGCAAAUACGACCUGCUGCUCAACAACUGGAUUCCCGCGUCAUGCUGGGACCAAGACUAUCUGGACGAUUACAUCGACGACGGAUCUUGGAGAGCGUUCGCCGACAAGGCACUCACCAUUCCUGUCAAUACGAGCGAAGAGAUGAGCGAGAGGGAGUUCUACUGGACGAGCGCAAGGGAUCACGUGAACCACUGCGCGACGAUGUGGAAGAAGCAGUUUACGGCCAUGUUUUAUGAUACUGGGGUACUGGACAGUGUGGUUGCGAACCCGUUCCAUACUGAUCAUUGCGCGACUUUUUUGAUGGAGAAUCAUGGCGACGAGCCGACGAGGGUGGAGGUUGGAUUUGCGGGGUGUUGGGUCAAGAAUUGA